CACCAGGACAAGAGCCUGUGAUUCUCUCUCUCUCUCUCUCUCUCUCAAGUUUCUAGUUAAACAAACAAAACUCAAGCCAAUGGGUUCUUGUUCACAUUCUCUUCCAUCUUUCUCUAAAGUUUUGAAGGAGAUCAAAUCCAAAAUCAGACGAACAAAAUCCAAUACUCUUAACAGAUCACUUCCAGAUGAAUUAUGUCACCGAAUUUCACUGACCGACAUCAAAGCUGCUACCAACAACUUCCACAAAAACAAGAUUAUAGCCAAUGGUGAUACGGGAUUUAUAUAUGGAGGGAAGAUCAAUGGCGGGUUCUAUGCUAUUAAACGCUUAAUUCCGACCAGUGAUUCACUCCUACCGCUCGUCGAGUUGAGAUGUGGGGCGGAGAUUCUCUGCCAGUUGCGCCACCCGAAUAUUUUAUCUCUCAUUGGUUUCUGCGACGAGAAAAAAGAGAUGAUCCAUGUAUAUGAAUAUGUAAACAAUGGGAGCCUUCACGAUAAUCUCCAUUCUCAGAAUUAUGAUCCCAUCCCAUGGAAGCGAAGACUGGAGAUAUGCAUCGGUGUAGCUCGAGCUUUACAUUAUCUUCAUACGGGAGCAAAGUUUAUACUAAUCCAUCGCGAUGUCAGUAGCAAGAACAUCCUUCUGGACGACCAAUGGACUUCGAAACUCUGUAAUUUCGGUUUCUGCAAGAGGGGGCCUCUUAGCCUAUCAAGGGGUACAGUUUCCAUUGAAGUAGAAUCAGACAUAACUUAUACUUUUGCAUGCUUGGCUCCGGAGGUAGCAAGAACAAGCAGGGUAUCGACCAAAUCUGAUGUUUUCUCAUUCGGGGUUGUUCUGUUUGAAGUUCUGUGUCGUAGACGCGUAUUCGAUGCAAAAUUGCAGAUGGAACAGCGAUUUCUAUAUACUUGGGCACGUAAAUGCAUUGAGAAUGGAACAAUUUACAGUAUAAUUGAUCCAUACCUGAAGGGAAAGAUAAGUCCACAGUGUUUGAAGAAAUUCUUGGAGAUUGCUUACAGUUGUGUCCAGUAUGAGGAAAACAAAAGGCCUACCAUGGGUGAGGUGGAGGCGACCUUGGAGCUUGCGUUGGAGUUGCAGAAGCAAGAAGAAUACGAAAUGGAGAGUAUAAAUCCGCAAGGUGAAUUUAUUUGUGAAGAAGCAUAAUUUUUAUGUACCAUCUAACUGGUUGCUUUGAUGAUGGUAAAUGCACAAAAAUCAUGAAUUAUUGUGUAGGGUCUGAAGAUGUGA